AUGCAGCCCAUCUCUCUCCAAGUCCAUGGGGGUAUGCUGACCCGGCUCCAGUUUCAGUCCUUGUUGUUUUUCUCUGUGCCCUAUGUGGCUGUGGUUUGUGCUCUGUUCUCCGAAGUGCUUAUGAACAGCAGCGACCCGUCCUGCCCCCUUAAAAACAGCAGCGUCCAAAUCAGCAGAACCAACAUGGAGAUCAGCAAGCAGCCAGUGAAGGAGGUGUCCCCACAGCCUCGACUCCCCAUCCAGCCGCCAGCCACCUCUUCACCCGCAAACUCCACCGCCUCCAUAAAACACAGCGCAGGCUCCAUCCAGCAUGUACAGGUUGCCUCCUCAGUGGUGACAUCGUUCAGCCACCGAAAGCCUCUGGAGAGCGACCACACUAUGUUUUCUCGGAUGAAGUCUAUAAAGUCUCUGAGGCAUGCCGGCUUCACCGCGGUCUUCACCGGACAAGUGGUAAGCAAGGCUAACCAGGAAGAGUGUGUAGAAGUACCCAUUGUGGAUGUGAUCCUGGCCGACAUUGACUCCCUGGUGCCCACCCACGAUGAGGCUGGUCGCCCUAUAGCGGAGUGGAAGAGGCAGGUGAUGGUGCGACAGCUCCAAGUCAGGCUACACGAUGAGGAAGAGCAAAGGAGACAGGAUAUAACAAACAGUGUACCACUGGAUGGCUGGAAGUACUCCCAAUCCCAUAAUGCAGUACUGGGACCUUUUGGGGAGCUACUGACUGAGGAGGACCUGGUGUACCUCCAGCGACAGAUUGAGAAUCUGUCACUCCAGAAGCGCUGCCAGGCCUACGAACUGGAACUGACCCAGCUGACCAAGGAGCUUAGGGCCAUUUUACCCGAUCCUAUCAUCAACAUCUCCCUCAACAAAGAGAUCCUAAAACAGAUGGAUGAGGAUGGACGAUUGCUGUUACCAACGUGGUGCAACCGCGUAUCAGAGAUUGUAAGGAAUAUGUCGCGGCUGCUGAUAAGUCUGAGCGGCGGUGAAACAGAAGGGGAAACUCAGGGGGUCAACUCACCGGCCGGAUGUAGGAUACCCCAUAUUGGGAUGGCAUCAGCAUUUAGCCACCGGUUAGAGACCAACAGCUACAGUAGUAGAGCACAGAGGGAGAGGGUGGAGAAGGAGAUCCAACAGUCUGGGGUGUCGGUUCGAAACCUCAGAUCAAACUUUGAAGGCCAAGUUGGGGGGAUUUAUCCCUUUGCCGGGUUUGUCAGUGACUCACACAGACGGGGCAUUAAAGGAGUUGAAGAGAUGGGGAAUGGGAUAGAAAGAAAAGAUCCCAAAUUGAACAAGCAAUUCACUAACACAGGCUCAGGCUGUGAAACGAGCUGCCACGAUCCUGCCAAGGCAGCCACAACCGUGAUGGAGACCACCAGCUUGAGGAAGGAGCGUAUCGUCGUCCUGUUUCUCAGCCACUGGAAAAAAUCUGCAUAUGCCAUUACAAUGAGAGCAGCUCGACUGAGACGGGGUGAGGAGGCAGUGACACCAUUGGGGCCGCAGCAGACAAUAACGUCCAUGUUUCGAUUCUGUCGCCAAAGAACUGCUGUGGACCGGAUGCUUCACUCUUGGAAGAAUGUCAGACCGGGCCGCAAAGGCACAGCCCCAUCGCCGCAUAUCACCUACUCGCCAGAGCAGUUCCUGCCAGAGGUGGACGGUGUGGCAGUAACCCACGACAGCUUGACCCUUGACCUCUUCAUGUUGGGAUACUUCCAUAUAUUGGAGCAGGAGCUGUCGCCUGAGGAGCGGAAGAUGAGGCAUCUCCUCUGCUUCGAGGUCUUUGACCAUGUCAGCAGUUUUGCUUGGGAGACGGUCAGGGACUUCCACAAAGCUGUUCUCCAGGACAUUCAGGCAGGGAGGCGGAAGUGGUGUGAUGGCUUCGAAGACAUCAAAACGUGCUUCUUUGGAGAAUCCAGAGAAUGCCGCUGUCCGUCUUCAUCGUCUUUGUCCCCGGAGACCAGACUUGUUCCCAAAGUCGUCGUUCAAAUGGCGGCUCCAGAUGAUUGUGGGGGCGACACGGAUGUCUCCUCUUUUAACAAUGAUGAGAUAUGUAAAUACAUUGAUCGCAGCUUUGCCUUUUGGAAAGAAAAGGAGGCAGAGCUGUUUGACUUUGAGCAUUAG